GCUAAUAGUCAAACUAUGGCCACAGUCUCUCAGUAUUCCCUGGAGGUUGGCAACUUCUCUUGGGGCUCUGAAUGCUGCACCCACAAGACCAGAAUCAUUGAUGUGGUCUACAAUGCUUCCAACAAUGAGCUGGUGCGGACAAAGACCCUGGUGAAGAACUGCAUCGUUCUCAUUGACAGCAUCAUGCCACAGUGGUAUGAAGCCCACUAUGCCUUGCCCCUCAGACGCAAGAAGGGUGCUAAACUGACUCCUGAAGAGGAAGAAAUCUUAAACAAGAAGUGUUCAAAGAAGAUCCAGAAGAAAUAUGACGAGCGGAAGAAGAAAGCCAAGUUCAGCAGCAUCCUGGAGGAGCAAUUCCAGCAGGAAAAGCUGCUUGCUUGCCUCGCCUCCAGACCUGGACAGUGUGGCCGAGCAGACGGUUAUAUUCUGGACAGCAAGGCACUAGAAUUCUAUCAAAGGAAGAUAAAGGCCUGGAAAGGAAAAUGAAUGUACGAUACACAACUAAAAGACCGAAUAAAAACCCCAGAGUCUUGUUAU